AGGAAUCUCCUUUCAAAGUUGAAAACUUUGAAGCUCACUGUUCUUUGAAAAUUACUUAAAAAAGCCUUUCAUUUCAAGCUCCUCUCUCCAUUCUCACCAAGUAACAAAACCCUUUUCGUUUUUUUAUCAUCUCCUUUCUCAAUCCAAAAGCAGAACCUUUUUCUCUGUUCUAAACUUUUGGGUCUCCCCAGUUUGCUUUUCUUGUGAAUCAUGGGUCUGUUCUCGCUUUUGUUGCUUUCAAUCUUUUCACAAUCCACUGAUUCUCAUUUCGGUUUUGAUGCAUAACACUAACACGCCAUAGUUGAGGCUGUAAGACACCGUGUUUUGAGUCGAACAUCUACAAACUUAAAUUGCUUAGUUGGUAUUACAUAAUUGGGCUGUGAAAGGUAAUCAAAUUUGUUGGGGUAACUAAAGAUGAAUGCUUUGAUUCAAAGUCAAAACCUUUCUUGUUCCUCUGAGUUUCCUGAUUCUCUCUGGAUACCCACAUCCUCUGCUCUUCAGGGUAAUUGACUAAUCCACCUUUUCUCUCUCUGUUCUUUGUUUCUUGUGGGAGUUGUUCUUUGCACAAACUUAAUUAAUGGGUUUUCUAUGGGUUGCUUGUGGGAUUGCAUUCUAAAGUCAAGAUCGUACUAUUUUGCUUGUUUUGAAGUCAUGGGCUGUCCAAAAUCGAUGGCUGAUUACGAGAAUGAGAAUGGAGCGUUGCCAUUCUUCCAACUUCUUGAUAAGGAAGAAGAUGGAGAUGACGAUUUUGAUGGGUCCUAUAGUCGGCCAGGGAAGAAAAGGCGGCUGACAGCGAGUCAAGUUGAGUUCCUUGAGAAAAGCUUUGACGUUGAGAACAAGCUGGAGCCGGAGAGGAAGAUCCGGCUGGCAAAAGAACUCGGCCUGCAGCCUCGCCAGGUUGCAAUUUGGUUUCAAAACCGGCGAGCCAGAUUCAAGAACAAGCAACUGGAGAAGGACUAUGACUCCCUGAAAUCCAGCUAUGACAAGCUCAAGAAUGACUGUGACAAUAUUCUCAAGGAGAAGGAAGAUUUGAAGAAUCAGAUCCUUUCCCUUAAGGAGAAAUUGCUAAAGAAGAAAGGGGAAGAGAGUUCUGUUCAAACUGACGCUAUUAAUUCUUGGAAUUCAGAACCUUGUCAACCCAUUUCCGAUGCAGUUCCAGGGAAUGUUUCCAAUUUGAUCUGUAAACAGGAAGAAUCAAUUUCAGCAAAAAGUGUUGUCUUCGACUCGGAGAGCCCAAUUUACACAGAUGGGAACAAUUCUUCUUUGAUGGACCCUGCUAAUUCUUCUAACAUUUUCGAACCAGAGCAAUCGGAUUUUUCCCAAGAAGAAGACGAUAACCUCAACCGGAGCCUUCUGCACCAGCCAUACUUCCUGAAACUUGAAGACGACUGCAGCAUCCUACCUGAAAAUUCUUGUAGUUUCGGAUUCCCAGUGGAAGAUCAGUCAUUCUGGUCAUCCCCCUACUAAUUAUGAUCAGCUCACUAUAAUUUAUUCAUCAUCUGAGUGUCCUUUAUUAUAAUAAUUUAUUAGUAAAGCAAUAUAUCAUCUUUUUACAAAAUCAUUUAGAACGUGUGUAAAACUUCCAAGAAAAAUCAAUGGGUAGUUGAAGAACGUAGGCCCUGCACAAACAGAGGAAAAUAGUGGUUUUCGAUGCUAGAAGUUAGUAUGUUUAAAUGCCAAUGGUACAUAUCAAUUAAAACCCUAUGGUAAGA